AUGGAGGAUACGACCAUGGAGGAUACGACCAUGGAGAUCAAGACGGAGGAGCUGCGCGUGGUCGCAGACGACCGAUCGAGUAUAGUCCAAUCCAAGGGCGAGAUCCACGGACGCGCCAUCCAGCAGCAAGAACAUAAUCGAGGGUACCUGGAGUCGUUUGGCAAGGACCCCAAGCUCUUGUUCUGGGUCGCACUUCUUCUCUGGGCGCAGGUCGUGCAAGGCUUCGAGAGUCAAGCAUCCGGCACCGUCAUCGGUAUUGGCGUGUUCAAGCGCCGAUUCGGCGUCUAUUUGGACGGCGAGUACGACGUCGCCACUAAGUGGCAGUCGGCCAUGAGCGGCGGCGGCACUGCCGCCAUCAUGGUGGGCGCAUGGCUCGGGUCCUACAUCGCCGACAUGGUCGGGAACAAGCCGGUCAUCAUGGCCGCCGCGGCGCUCGGCAUGGCGUCUAUUGGCAUCGAGUUUGCCGCCACGUCAAUUGGCAUGUAUUUCGGCGGCAAGUUCCUCAACUUUGUCGCCGUCAGGGCCUUCAUGAACAACUGUACGACCUACAUUGCCGAUAUCUCGCCGCUGACCAUCCGCGCCUCUCUCGUCGGCCUCAACAAUGUGGCGCAGUGCGUGGGUCCCUUGAUCUGUGCCGUCAUGGCCUACUAUACCACGAAUUGGACCGACGACUGGUCAUGGAAAUCCUUGAUCUGCACCCAGUGGGGGUUCGCCGGCAUCACCCUCAUCGGGAGCAUUUUCAUGCCCGAGUCCCCGGUCUAUUUGCUCGAAAAGGGAAAGGAGACGGCCGCCCGCAAAGUCCUGAGCAGCCUCUACAGCAAACCCAGCGACGCCGAGGGACAUUUUGAAAGCAUCAAAUUGACCCUGCAGGAGGCCGAAACCCAGAGCUCGAACCUGAUGGACUGCUUCCGCGGCACCAAUCUGCGCCGCACUCUCAUUGCCAUCUUGGUAUUCCAGGCACAACCCAUGUCUGGGCUGGGCUUUGUCUACAACUAUGGCGCCCUCAUGUACCAGUACCUUGGGAUCAGCGACCGACAGUCGUUUUUGCUCUCCAUCGGCGGCCAGAUCCUGUCCAUUUCCGGCGCAUUCAUCGCCGUUCUCGUCUCCGAUCUAUACGGGCGUUGA